UCCACACCUCCAAUAAUCAAAAUCACAAAAUCAAAGCAGCAGCAGCAGCAGCAGAUUCAAUCAUUCAGUAAUGGAAACAGACAAAGCAAACAAAAACACCACCAACAAAUUCAAAACUAACCUUCUCGAAGAAGACGCAACCAUUUCAGCAUUCCGCAGGAGGAACAGGAUCUUAAUCUUCGUGCUUUUCUUCAUAUUUGUGCUGUUCACGCUCGUUUUAGCCGUUCUGAUUUCCUAUUUAUUCCGCAAUUUCCUUCGCCGCCAGCCGCACGUUACUGACGUCAAUUACGCUGUUAAAGCCUACUGUCAAGUGUCUUCCGAUUACUUCUCGUGUUUACGAAGCUUCGACGGAAAAUUUACCCCCAAAUCGAGUGUAAACCCUAGCCAGAUCUACUCAAAUUCGCUUCGUAUCGCCGCCGUCAAGCUCGAGAAAUUCGUCUCGAUCCUACCAAAUUUAAAAGAUCGCGACGAAUCCGCGGCGGAUUUCGUCGAUACCUGCUCGAAUUCGUCGAUCGAGGCGAUGAAUCAGAUCAGCAACGCGCUCGCGAGAAUGCGGAAGCAUCCGUUCGUGGAGGCGCAGAGCGACGAUCAGAGGAGUGAGAUUGUGAAGUGGAUGAACAACGCUGCGAUUAAUCUGGAUUCCUGCCUGGAGAAAGUCGAUCCGGCGAUGGCGACGGCGGUGGAGGAAGUGAAGGAGCUGGUGGAAAACGGUGCGUACUUCGUGCACUCAUACGUCGUCGUUUUGAAGAUGAUAGGGGAUUACGAAGGAGUGGAGAGGUACAGAGGUGUGCAUAUGGAAACUCUGCUGGGCAUUUCCAUGGUGGGACUGCAACUGCUGUACGUGUUCUUCAUGUUCUGCUGUUUGUUUAGGAUCCGUCGAUGAUACGGCGUCGUCUUGGCGUUUAAGCAUAGUGCGACUCAUUACUCAAGACAACGGAUCAAAGUCGUUGCGGCAGCCGGAGGCACAAGGUAUUAUUGAUGAGAUGAGAGCUAUUUCUCCAAUAUUUCUCUCUCGAAUUUGUUCUCGGAUCUACAAGGAUUUCUCUAAAUAGUAGAGCUCAUUGACAAUAAUACGAAUAACAUCUCAGUCCUCUUCUCCAGUAAAACAACUAUUUAUCAGCAAUUUUUCUUUGAAGAUU